AUGCGGCAAUUGAGUCUCGUCGCCGCGCUCGUCGGGCUCUCCUCCCUUGCUUUACAGCCGACGCUCGCCGUAGCACAAGGCGAGACAAAGAUCCACGAGAAGGGCCGAUGUGCGAUCCGGGGACAGUGUGGGAAGCAGUCGAUAUUUGGUGGGGAGCUGCCAUGUCCCGAUAAUGGACGGGCGAAGGAUCUAGAGGACUCCGCGCGGCAGAAGCUAGUCAACCUGUGUGGCCCGAAAUGGGAAUCCGGCCCAGUCUGUUGUCUUGAAGAGCAGAUUGAUGCACUGUCUUCCAACCUCAAACUGGCGGAAGGCAUCAUUGCCUCCUGUCCAGCCUGCCGAGAUAACUUCUUCAACAUCUUUUGCACAUUCACCUGCUCGCCCGACCAAUCACUAUUCGUCAAUGUCACGCAAACGGAAGAGAGUAGCUCGGGAAAAACACUCGUCACUGAGAUCGAUAACGUCUGGUCCGAGGAAUACCAAAGCGGCUUCUUCGAUAGCUGCAAGAACGUGAAGAAUGGUGCCUCUGGCGGCAAAGCGAUCGAUUUUAUUGGCGGCGGUGCGAAUACGUACGAGCAGUUCUUGAAGUUCCUGGGCGAUAAGAAAUUUCUUGGCAGUCCAUUCCAGAUCAACUUUCGUACGGAACCACGCAAUGACGAGCAGGGCAUGAGGCCCUUGUCGAUUCAGCCAAAGGCCUGCAAUGACCCCGACAAGGCAUAUCGUUGCUCUUGCGUCGAUUGCCCAGAUGUUUGCCCUGAGUUACCUGCCGUGUCCACCGAAAAAGAGCUGCCAUGUUGGACUGUUGCCGUGCCUGUCUUUCGCCUCAUGAGUCUCGCAAGCUACGUCACUUUCAAGGAGCGCCGUUUCCGCAAACCUGAACGUGUUCGCCUACUUCAAGAUCCGGCCCCUAGCGAUGAUGAGGACGAGGGGGAAGUUGUUCACCGUGGUGGAUACAUGGAACAACCGCAAGGGGUGUAUAAACCGAAUUCACUACUGUCAGCCUUCUUCCACCGCAUUGGUGGAGCCUCAGCACGGUUCCCGGCCAUCACCAUUGCUUCGAGCUUUAUUUUUGUGGUCCUGCUUAGCUUAGGCUGGUUACGGUUCGCGGUUGAGACUGACCCAGUCCGUCUGUGGGUGAGCCCGUCGUCGGCUGCAGCACAAGAGAAAGCCUACUUUGACGAGAACUUUGGCCCAUUCUACCGAGCCGAACAGGCAUUUUUAGUCAACGAAACUGGCCCAGUACUGACUUAUGAUACGCUCGUCUGGUGGUUUGAUGUCGAGUCUCGCGUGCGGAGGAUGAUCUCACUCGACCUUGGCCUGAACUUGGAUGAUAUCUGCUUCAAACCCACCGGGGAUGCUUGUGUGGUGCAAUCACUGACUGGCUAUUUUGGCGGCUCGGUGUUCAACCUCGAUCCGAAUACUUGGGAGGAUCGUCUAAGCCAUUGUACAGAAUCGCCUGGCGAUGUGAGCUGUCUGCCAGACUUCUCACAGCCCCUGAAGCCGGAGAUGAUCUUGGGCGGGUACGAUGAAAGCGAAAACGCGCUGGAUGCUAAGGCGUUGAUCGUCACCUGGGUAGUUAAUAACCACGACCAAGGGAGCGAGGGCGAGAAGAAGGCGAUUGACUGGGAGAAUAGCUUCAGGCGUGUUUUUGAUGUCGUCCAGGAAGAAGCCGUCGAAAGGGGACUGCGUGUCUCAUUCAAUACCGAAAUCAGUCUGGAGCAGGAGUUGAACAAGUCUACCAACACCGAUGCAAAGAUUGUGGUCAUCAGCUACGUGAUCAUGUUCUUGUAUGCAUCUCUCGCCCUGGGAUCUGUCACUGUCACAUGGCGAUCCCUUCUGCACAAUCCCGCAAAUGCGCUGGUCCAGUCCAAGUUCACACUGGGUAUUGCUGGUAUCUUGAUCGUGUUGAUGUCCGUCUCUGCCUCCGUGGGCUUGUUCUCAGCCGCGGGCGUACGAGCGACUCUGAUCAUUGCAGAAGUGAUUCCCUUCCUGGUGCUCGCAGUUGGUGUUGACAAUAUCUUCCUGAUUGUCCAUGAAUUUGAGCGUGUGAACUUCAGCUACCCCGACGAAGAAAUUGAUGAGCGCGUGGCACGCGCUGUGGGAAGAAUCGGGCCAAGUGUCUUCCUUUCUGCGUUGACUGAGACGGUGGCUUUUGCCCUGGGUGUCUUUGUGGGAAUGCCCGCCGUGAAGAACUUUGCUGCGUACGCCGCCGGCGCUGUCUUCAUCAAUGCUAUUUUGCAGGUGACCAUGUUUAUCUCGGUCCUCUCACUUAAUCAGAGACGAGUCGAGAGCCUUCGCGCAGACUGCUUCCCUUGCCUCACUGUGCGCAAAGCGACCUCAUUUGGCCUACCCGAAGAUCAGAUAUAUGACGACGAGGAGGCUGAGAGCACCCUCCAGAGCUUUAUUCGCCGUGUCUAUGCGCCUUUCAUCUUGGAUCGCCGAGUAAAAGCAGCUGUUGUGAUCACCUUUUUGGGUGUUUUGACGGCGGGAAUUGCUUUGAUCCCUGAGGUGCCACUGGGGCUGGACCAGCGAAUUGCCAUUCCCAGUGAUUCUUACCUGAUCCCGUACUUCAACGACCUCUAUGAUUACUUCCGCACUGGGCCCCCUGUCUACUUUAUCACCCGUGAUGUAAAUGUGACCGAGCGAUCCCAUCAAAAGCAAUUGUGUGGACGCUUCACCAAUUGCGAUGAGUACUCCCUGCCAUUUAUACUGGAGCAGGAAUCCAAGCGUUCUAAUGUCUCUUACCUCUCUGGAUCUGCCGCCAGUUGGCUCGAUGACUUUUUCUACUGGCUCAACCCCCAGCAGGAUUGCUGCCAGGAGGAUGGCAAGAUUUGCUUCGACGGUCGUGAUCCUCCAUGGAACAUCACUCUACACGGGAUGCCGACUGGGUCCGAAUUCAUCCACUAUGCCGAGAAGUGGAUUGAAGCUGACACCACUGCCAAUUGUCCGCUCGGCGGCAAGGCACCCUAUAGCAACGCGGUGGUGAUCGACGAGGAACGCACCACGAUCAGUGCCAGCCAUUACCGUACCAGCCAUACUGCUCUGCGUAGCCAGGAAGACUUCAUCCAUGCUUAUAUCGCUGCCCGCCGAAUCGCAGACGAUAUCUCGCGCGAACACAACAUCGACGUCUUCCCUUACUCCAAGUUCUAUAUUUUCUUCGACCAGUACGUUUCCAUCGUACAAUUGACAGGCACGCUACUCGGCUCAGCGGUAGCUAUCAUUUUUGUCCUGACCUCGGCCAUUCUGGGAUCCAUUGCUACCGGUGCAGUUGUCACGACGACGGUGGUCAUGACGGUGGUCGAUAUCAUCGGGACUAUGGCUAUUGCUGGUGUCUCGCUCAAUGCGGUCUCACUGGUGAAUUUGGUGAUCUGCGUGGGUAUCAGUGUCGAGUUCUGUGCUCACAUUGCCCGUGCCUUUAUGUUCCCCUCGUCGACUCUUUUGGAGAAGGCUCCCACCCAGUUCCGCGGUAAGGAUGCGCGUGCCUGGACAGCCCUGGUCAAUGUCGGGGGCAGUGUCUUCAGUGGUAUCACCGUGACGAAGUUGCUAGGAGUCUGUGUUCUUGCGUUCACACGGAGCAAGAUCUUUGAGAUCUACUACUUCCGGGUGUGGCUGGCACUAGUUAUCUUUGCUGCCACCCACGCCCUGAUCUUCCUGCCGGUAGCUCUUAGCUACUUUGGUGGUGGAGGGUAUUCUGAUCCUGCGUCUGAUGGUGGAUUGGAAGCCAAUCUUGCCUCUCGGGGCUAUCGGUCAUUGCGGGUCGAUGACGAAUAUGAAUCUGACGAAUACUGA